UGCACUCAUAGACGACGAGAUGUACCCACUAAUAUUCGCCUUCCUACCUGACAAAUGCCAGAUCACCUACCAACGCCUAUUCGAGAUCGUUAAGACAGCAGCAGCAAACAACAACACACCACUCAAUCCAACCACUAUAUUCCUCGACUUCGAGUCUUCAGCCCGUAACGCAGCAGAGACAGUCUUUCCACAAGCGUCGAUCAAAGGUUGUCUAUUCCACUACUGCAAACGCAUAUGGAGAAAGGUACAGAAACUUGGACUAGCAGACCAGUACACCAACGACAACCUACUCAACCUACAUAUAAGACGAGCUUCAGCAUUGCCACUAGUCCCCAUCAACCAAGUAGAUGAUGUAUGGUUCCACGCAAUUGAAGACUACGAGACCGAUGACGCAAAGAUCACCAAGUUCAACGACUACGUUACUGAGCAAUGGAUCGGGAUGGAGACAGCAAAAUGGAACCACUACUCAACAGUUGGACCCAGAACAACAAACCAUUUAGAAGGAUGGCACCACAAACUCAACAACCAACUUCACAGAGCACACCCAAACCUCUACGUCAUCAUCGAAAAACUCAAGCACACUCAAGCAGCAAAUGAGAUCCGACUUAUCCAGUAUGCAGCUGGUGGCACUAGAAAGACAAGAAAGCUGAAAUACAGAAUCCUAGACUCCAGACUUCAGCGACAGAAACAACGACUCAUUCAAGGGGAAGUUGACAUCUACCAGUAUACAGACACAGUGUCACGCCUGCUGAAACUUCAAUGAACUGAUAUGACUCUAUAAUAUUCGAUUGAUAUAGUGCUUUGCUUAAUUCAAAUAUUUUAAAUAUGAAAUUUACUAUACAUUGUAACUUUUCUAUCAUGUAAAAUGAUUCAUAUUCCUAUCAUCUUAUUUCUAGUGCUUUAUAUCAAUUUAUGAAAUAAAUAUUAUUUUGUAUCAUUUUGUAUAUUU